GUGGUCAAAUAAAUGUUAGCAUUGUUCAACCUUCGAGUUCAAAGACUCCCAUUUACCACGCUGAUGUUAUUCCUAGUAAACGUUCCUCUGAUUGUAUAGCCCAAACUUCAUAUAAAAGAGCAAAAUCUUCAUGCCAGGAGAUAUCUCAUGGAAGAUUUGAAUCUGUUGAUCGUAGUAAAUGGAGAGAAGAAACGCCCGGACAUAUCGUUUUGUUAGAUAGCGAUGAUGAUGAGAGUGAUGCGGAAGACAAAUCUGAUCCAGUGAUAAUUAUUUUAAGCGAUGAUGAAGCAACGUGUACCGAUCAACCAUCGACUUCAAGUGCAUCUGUUACUGCUUCCCAAAAAUUAAACAAUCGAUCGAAUGCUGAAAUACAUCCAGGAGAUACACAACCUUAUUAUCUGACCUCAACACCAAAAAAGUCUAAUAAAUAUGAGUUAUUCCGAAUUUUAGAUGCUGGAAAAAGUGUUGAUAAUGAAGAAGGUGAUGGGCGCAUGUGGAUUUGGAAUUUGCAAUGCGGCUCAAAAGUACAUUGUACAACCCAAGAAAAGGAUGCAAAUGUGAUAUCCAUAUCACAUGAUGAUAAAUAUAUAGCACUUGAUCCAAAUGAUGGUCUUCCUCAUGAUGGAAUAAUGUCAUUACAUUGGAUACCGGGUAGUAGCCUGCUUAUGAGCGGGGGUAAUGAUAAUUGUGUAAGAAUUUGGGAUGUAAAUAAAUGCGGAAAACAAAAUCCUUUGGUUUACCAGUUUACAAAUCAUGAUAGUCCUGUUACUUCUGUUAGAUUAUCACCAGAUCUUAGUCUUAUGACUGUUGGAGUUUCUACUGGAAAAAUUUAUGUAUAUUCUUCAAAUGAUAGUUUUAUUCAAGCUGGUAAUAGACUUAAAUAUUUGUAG